AGAAGGGAGCCCCUGGACACUAUACAGGCAAACUUUAUUUAAACUCGCACCUCCAGCUCCUCCGCUCAGUUGCGGGCGUAGCAAAGAGGGCAUUACAUCGACACCGGAACCAUGGCGGAUAAAGAGAAAAAGGUUAAGAAGAAGAAGAAGGAAGAAGGAGAUGCUCCUGCGGCCGCACCCGCAGCCGAAACGAGGGCUUCCUCAAAAGGUUCCUCGAAAAAAGCUAAAAGAUCUGGUUCGAAUGUCUUCUCGAUGUUCUCCCAGCAUCAAGUAGCUGAAUUCAAGGAAGCCUUCCAACUAAUGGAUGCCGACAAAGACGGUAUUAUUAGUAAAAGCGAUCUUAGGGCAACUUUCGACCAAGUCGGCAAACUUUCCAACGAAAAAGAGCUCGACGAAAUGAUCAAUGAGGCCCCCGGACCACUCAACUUCACACAGUGGUUAUCGCUCUUCGCCCUCCGUAUGCAAGAUUCAGGUGGUACCGAUGAUGAUGAAGUCGUUGUAGCCGCGUUCAAAUCUUUUGAUGAAAGCGGUACCAUCGAUAGUGAUCGGUUCAGACAUGCCCUUAUGACCUGGGGUGAUAAGUUCACAGCGAAAGAAGUGGACGAUGCCUUCGAUGUAAUGGAAAUCGAUGAUAAUGGUAGGAUUGAUACCGCGGCCCUAAUUACACUCCUCACCGGUAGCCAAGAGGAAGAAGGUGAAGGUGAAGCUGCAUAAGCAACCUUCCCCAAUGACUUCUUUCGUUAACCCCGCGAUAUUCUGCGCGCCGGCCGCGCCAAUUCAUCUCCAAGAACAUCAAAUAAAAUUUUUUUUAUUUAAAAUAGUACCGGUCUCGAGACUUAACAUCAGCAUGCGCAACUAAUUUCUUUUUCUCCAUCUUAUUUUUGGCGCCAUAACGUGCAUUAUAAAUAAUCGUGUCAUCAAAAUAGGUCUAUUCGAGGGUUAUUAAUUAUUAUUAUGAACUGUAUAAAAUAAAGCGUAAAUAAAUUUUAUUAUAUUUUGUGUUUCAUUA